CUCCCCUUCAUCAUUGCAUUGUGCGAGUUAGUAGCUUGCUAAUCAGCUAGCAAUCGACACCUGCUUUUCACUAAGUGUUUCCAAGUGUGCGGAAUAAAAACAACGUAUUAAGGUUUGUCACGUAUGGAUUUACACGGAAAGCCUGUCUGUCUAGUUAUAUAAAACAUAACAAGAAGACACCGAUGCCACUGAAGCAGUCACAGAUGUAGUCGCCAGACAGAUACCAGUCAUGUCCAUUGAAUACACCAUUGACAUCCAGCUAACUGAGUUGGGAUUCACGGCUGAUACCAUCUAUGAGCAGGACACCUCGACUGGAGAAUCCCCGUCUGGCUCCACAUCAUCUGUUGACUCAGCCUCACCCAGUCACCGUCCCAUCACACGUUCAGCCAAACUCAAACAAAAGCUACUGGCCUCAGGCCAUCGGCCCGAUGAUGGCAAAGACGCAUGUGCUGUCAGACGGACAUCAAGCAGGAAAAGAAGUGCAGGAGACUCAUCGUCAUCUGUGUCAGCGCCAAGUAGCAAUCAUGUGAAAGAUGAGCCAGGUGGAGGUCCUGAACACCCUUUACCUGAACAACCGAUAACUGAUCCAGAUAAGGAGCAAGAUCUCAUAAUUGAUCGAAGAAAGGCUAGACGUAAGGGGGCAACAAAGAAGCAACAGGAUGAGGAGGACGACUCUGGUGACAGCGAUGUCUCAGGCGUGUAUGACGAAGACGAAGAGGAGGAGGACGAGGAAGAACUUAACAGUGAGAUGGGCCAAUCAGGUGACUACAGCUGCAGUGUUUGCGGUCUCCAGCUGCCCUCCAAAUUCAAGCUUCAGGAUCACAUGAACCUGCACACUGGAGCUCGCCCCUACGGCUGUGCUGAAUGCGGAAAGCGCUUCUGUCAGAUUAGCAGCUACCGCGUCCAUCUGCGCACACAUGCCAAGACUGAGGUGGAACGCUUCCAGUGCCGUGUUUGUUGUAAGAUUUACCCAUGCCAGGAGGAUUUGAAACACCAUUUGUCCAUUUCUCACUUUCAGGAUAAAUAUUAUGAGUGUGACCUGUGCAAACGUGUGUUUGUCUCUCUCGAGGCCUGUGCGUUACAUAUAAAGGAACGCAUGUGUAUGCGGACAAUUAAGUGUGAAAUAUGUAGCCGUCAUUUCUCCACUCAAAAGCAACUUGUACGCCAUAAGAAGAAGACCUGCAGCCGCAAUUUCAGGUGCACAGAUUGCGGAGAGACCUUUGCCAAGAAGAAUGCUCUUCUGAAGCACAGCUUCUCUCACCUCGGUUUGUUGCCUUACACCUGUGUGCGAUGCCGCUGCCACUUUCGCCUGGCAAAGCUGUACAUCCAACACAAGUGUGAACCUGAACGCAUUCACUGUGUGGCGUGUCUGAGGGAGUUUCCCAGUCCAAAGGACUUUGAGCAGCACAAAAAGGACACAGGCUGUUGGGGCAACCAGGAGCCUAAAGGGGAUGAGAUAAGGUGUUUGGAGUGUGGGCAGAUGUUUGACACAUCAGAGGAGCUUAAAAAACAUGCCGGGGCUCACCAGAGGGUGCUGAAAUGUGCCGAAUGUAGAAAAGGAUUCCGAUCGGCUUUGCUCUUAAUGUCCCACAUGGGUGGUCAUGCUGGAAACUCACCAUGCCUUUGUCAAAGCUGCGGACUGGGUUUUCCUCACCAGCAAAACUACGACAGUCACCUUAAGACCUGUGGACAAACACCCCAGCCUAAGAGUUGGGACAAGAAAGGCCAGGCCUCCAACAGCUCUUCAUCCAGGACAGCAACACUCAUGCCAAAACUCCCUUCAGCAAAUUCAACAACACUUAACACAAAACUACAGUUGUCAUAUUCAGAAGCUCCCAUCCCAAAACCGCAGUCUUUGCUAUCCAUAUUAAAUGCAAAACCACCCUCAUCAAAUCCAACAUGGAGUAAUGGAAAACCAGAAUCAUCAAACCCAAGAGGGUUCCAAGAAGAGCGGCACCAAUCAAAUCAAAUAAAAACCAAGCCUGAAUCCACUGUUUCUGCAUUAUCUGCACCCAUUCAGGUACCUCAUAACCCUGGACUCAAGUCUGAAGAUGCAUCUGAUCCAACAGCUGGAAUGUGGAAGCUAACUCUCAACAAACCUCUUCCUCCACAUGCUGAACUUGUGUUGUUUCUUCCCGUCUCUGCAACACAACCUGACAGCUUGGCACUCUCCUCUGUGUUAGCUCCGACCCCUCCAGCUUCAGCUGUGAUGGUGCAGCCUCAAGUAGCUUUACCGCUUGUUUCAAAUAAACCUCUUGGAGUGGGCGCAACCCCUAGAGCGGCACCAAAUGCCCCCCUGGACUUGUUCACUCAUCUUAAACAGUUUCCAAAUUAUGAGGAACCUUUUGAUUUGUCCAAGAAGCGUAAAAAAUCCGAGUCCACUCUGGGGGAUGUACCUCCCUUUUCUGUCAAAAGUGAACCAGAAGAGUCAGAAAUAUCAGCUAAUCGCUUCGAAGAACAGGCAUUGAAAAACAAUAAUUCAGACACAUACCCUGAAGUGAAGCGCAUCAAAAUGGACCCUUUGGAUCUGUCCACAUCCUCUGGACUAAUGAUUGACAUCAAGAAGGAGACCUUCUAAUCAAGCGGGACGUAAUCAGGAUUUCUUUUGAGUGCUGACUCGACAGGCCCUCACACCUCAGUCAGAGAUAAUGGGUUCAAUGACAGGAUUCUCAAGUUUCUUAAAAGGGUGUACGAAGCAUCAUUUGACUUUUCUUCCACAGAAAAUGGAGCUAUUGCGUACUGCCUUUCCUACUCAGGUACUCAUUGAGAACAGCAACAGAGAUUCCAUAAAUGUAUGAGGACAAAACUCAUUGACUGUUGCAUAAAUAAGAGGUAAAAUGCUGCGGAAAGUUUAAAUGAAGUUGUGUACAUUUGUAAGUUAAUAUUUUUUCCAACACACCUGCACAUUGAAGAGCUCUUUAACUUUUUUUUGUGUGAGAAAGGUUAUCACAAAAUCAUACAUUGCAUAUGAUGAUUCAAUUUGAGAUGGGAAUUUGGGGAUUGAGGGGACCAUUUACAUAGGUACUGGAGCCUGAGAUGCCUGAGAUAGACGGGUGCGGGCGCAGCUCAGGAUAGCUGUGUUGGGACCAGAGUUUUAUUUGUUAAUUUAUUCUCUUGAAUCCAUUUAAAGUUUUGUUUCUACUUUAAGUUUGACAGGUUUAUUUAUGCUGUCCUCCUUUUUCCUCCAGCUCUUCCACUCUACAGUAAAAACAUGUUGGUGUGACGCAGUCCCAUGAUUUGAAAAAAGGAACAAGAAUGUUUUUGGACAAAUCAAAAUAAAGUUUAUGGACUCAAUAUGAUCCAUGGGAGAAUUCAAGUAACCAAUCAGUUUUCAGACUAUGCAUUGUAUAUUAAGUAUCCAUUUUGUUAAAGUCAAGGCUUGUGGGUAAAAUGAUGGGGAAGAGUGAGCCCCGGGUCCAGUUGUUUAGAAGUAACUGAUAGGACUGAAGUAAUCUGUUAAAUCAAAUCCUGGGUAUUUAAAGUGAAACACAUGAAACCUCCAGUUUUUGUUUAAAAAUGAUUUUGUGGGGUUAUACUAACUUUUAACCCAGCAAGGGCUGAAUUCAGGCUGAAGAUCACAAAAAAGCUGUUGAGUUUGUCAUACAGUCAGUUGUAAUUUUUGUUGACUAAAAAUGUUGACUUCCUUUUUCCAUGAGAAAGACUUGACUGAGACUACCUAAAAAUAGAUCUUUGAUGACUAAAACUUUGAAAAAAAAAAAAACCCACAAAGUUUAGUUUUUGUCAAGAUAACUAAAACAAGACCAAAAUGUUAUUUAAUUUUCGUCUGAAAUUUAAAAUCCAAUUUAAAAUCUAUUUCUCCACUAGGGCUAAAUCUGUCAAAACACAACGUAUCUGUGACUCUUCUGCCUUUCAGCUGUAGAAAGCAGAGAUACCAGGUUUGGCAGGGUGCAUAGCACCCGCUAACAUGAUUUGGUACCAGAUUCAGGCAAGAGAAUAAAAGUUUAGGCUAAAAUGAAAGACUAAAAUGCUAACUCUUUUUACUGAUAAAAACUAUACUAAAAUGUUUUUGAGUCAAACUACACUAAAGCUAUAUAAAGUACAAAUGACUAAAAUGUGACCAAAACUAAAAGGUAUUUUAUCUAAAGGCUAAGACUCAAAGUAAAAUAAGAUGUCCAAAAUAACACUGCAUACUGUACAGUUUUGUUAUGAUAUUUUAUGUCUAAUAGAUACGGUGGCAAGAAAAAGAAUGUGAACCCUUUGAAAUAAUCUAGUCUUCUGCAUUAAUUGGUCCAUUAAUUGUGAUCUGGUCAUCUAAGUCACAUAUCAAACACUAUGUGCUAAAUCUCAUACCACAAACAUAUAUAACCUUUCCUGUCUUUAUUGAACACAGCCGUAAAACAUUCACAGUGCUGCUGGAAAAAGUAAACCUUGGAUUUAUUAACUGGUUGAACCUCCUUUGGCAGCAAUAACCUCAACCAAGCCUUUCUGGUAUUUGCUUAUCAGACCUGCACAACAUUCAGGAGGAAUUUUGGACCAUUCUUCCUGACUGAACUGCUUCAGCUCACCCAUAUUCUUAAAAUGUCUGGUGUGAACGGUUCUCUUGAGGUCAUUUCCCAGCAUCUCUGUUGGAUUCAGGCCUGGGCUCUGACAGGACUGCUCCAAAGGGUGGAUUUUCUUUUCUGUUUUUUUUUUUUGUUUUGUUUUAGCCAUGCUGUAGAAGAUUAACUUUGCUGUUUAGGGUCAUUGUCCAACUUCUUCUGAACUUCAGCUGGAGGCCAGCCACCCUGACAUGAUACUGUAGGAUACCUUGAUGAACUUGGGGAUUUAUUUUCCCUUUGAUGACGGCAAGCAACCCAGGCCUUAAGGCAGCAAAGCAGCUCCAGAUCAUCUCUGCCAUACUUCACUAUUCAGAAGAUGUUUUCAUGUUUGAAUGCAGUACCCUUUUAUGCCAUACACAGUGCUACAAGUUCUUCCCAAACAAUUCUACUGUACUUUCAACAGUCACAAAAAAUUGCCAGUAGCGUGGAGUGUCAUGGUGCUCCUUGGCAAACUCCAGGUGUGCAUAGAUGUUUUUCUUCAAAGCUUCCUCUGUGAUGUCCUGCCAUGGACACCAUGCCUGUUCAAUCUUUAGUGUAUGGUACACCAGGGAUGUUGACUUGUUCCAAUAGUUCCUUUAAGCCUUUAGCUGUUACUCUAGGGUUUUUUUGUUACCUCUCUGAUCAUUCUGAGUCAGCCUGGCUGGGUGUCCACUUCUAGUGAGAGUAACAUGGUACUAUAUCGUCUCCAUUGGUGGACAGUUGGUCUAACUGUGGACUGGUGAAUACCUAAAGUCUUUGAGAUGACUUUGUAUCCUCUUCCAGUCUUAUGCAUUUCAAAAAUAUUUGAUCAAAGGUCAUCUGAGAUCUGUUUUUUUUUUUUUUUUUUUUUGCGAGGCAUAGUUCACAUCAGCAGAUGCUUCUUCUGAAGAUCUAACUCAAAAACUUUGAGCAUUUUCAUAAGUCACACUAGCUCUACGCCUGGCUCAAAUCUUGUUUAAAUGAUUGUACUUCAGGUUUGCUAACUCCUGAUUAUCUUUUUUGGAGUCAUUAGCCUAAAAGUUUUUUCCAGCAGUGCUGUGGAUGUUUAAUGGCUGUGUUCAAUAAAAACAUGAAAUAUUACAAUUAUUUGUUUGGUGUUGGGGAAAGCACAUUGUGUUUGUCUAUACUUGUGACUUAGAUGCAGAUCAGAUCACAUUGGAUGACCAGUUAAUGCAGAAAAUAAGUUAAUUUCAAAUGUUUUACACACUUUUCUUGCCACUGAAUCUAUUAGAUAACUAGAAUGGCUGUCUGAGGCAGCAGACCCAUGCCUAAGCAGCACCACUGAGGAACUUAGGCUCCCAUUGAUUACUAUGGUGUUCAAAAUUUUGAAGUCUGAGAAAAACUGAACAGGUGCACGGAUCAUCACCAAAAUCUAAUCGAUUCUUCCUGUCACUAUGCCAAUAUUCCCUGAAAGUUUGGUGAAGAUCCAACUUUCUGUUCUCGAUCUCGUUAUCUUGUACACAUACAAACAAACAAAGAUACGGAACCAUUUACAUAACCCUGCCGAUUCCAUCGGCGUGGGUAAAUAGUAAGUUAGUUCACACUUGAGUGGAUUGGAUUGUGACUAAAGAUUUCACCUAAAAGGAGCUGAUUUCAGUUUGUCUGGAUUAUAGACCUCCCUGUGAACAAAACAUGUAUGUCAUCCUAUGUUUUUUUUUAUUUGGAUAAUUUGUAUCCAUCUUUAAGGUACAGUAAUAUUUAGCCUGUUAGCUUUAAUUGGAACAAAAUUGUCAAAAAUGGAACAUAAUGCUUAUAAGUAGGCCUAUCUAGAUUAGUGUUUAAUCACCUUGAUAUAUAAAAUAUUUUAUCAUAAUUUGGUCUUGCCUGUGGUCCUGUAGACACAUGUAAGAUGCAAAAAAUCCAAAAUGGCAACAAAUGGAGGAGACCCUUACUAUGUAUGAA